UUGGAGUUGGGCACCAUGCUGAGCCCGCGGAGGGGGCUGCGGGGGGCGAUGACCCCGUGACUGUGACCGGCCGCCGCUUCUCACUUGGGUCCUCUCGGUCCAGCCAGGCGGCCACCAGACACCCAGAGCCCCAGAAAACCCCGACAGGUGCCGCGGCCCAGUCCACGCGAUUUGAAGACGGCAGGAAGGAACCGAUGGCUUUAGCGGGCGGCCCAGAUUCCUUUCUGCACCAUCCAUACUACCAGAGGACGACGUGGACCUGGAGACGCUGGUGAACGACAUGGAUGCGUCCCUGGAGAGCCUGUGCGCGGCCGCGGAGACGGCGCCCCUCCUGCGCAAUGGCCAGCAUCCCCGCGGCCGGCCCCCCGGAGCAAGGCCCCUGCAGGGGCAGGUGGCCCCGCGGCAGAGGCUGCAACGGUCCCAGCCCAUGCACAUCCUCGCCGUCAGGCGCCUGCACCAGGGGGACCAGCAGUUGAGGACGUCGUCUCUGCCGGCCAUCCCCAACCCCUUCCCCGAGCUCUGCGGCCCCGGGAGCCCCCCUGCGCUCACGCCGGGCUCCGUACCUCCCGGCCCAGCUGCUGCGAAGCAGGAUGUUAAAGUCUUUAGCGAAGACGGGACGAGCAAAGUGGUGGAGAUACUGGCGGACACGACAGCCAGGGACCUGUGCCAGUUGCUGGUUUACAGAAGUCACUGUGUGGACGACAACAGCUGGACGCUGGUGGAGCACCACCCGCACCUGGGAUUAGAAAGGUGCUUGGAAGACCAUGAGCUGGUGGUCCAGGUAGAGAGCACCAUGGCAAGUGAAAGUCAAUUUUUAUUCAGGAAGAAUUAUGCAAAAUACGAGUUUUUCAAAAAUCCCACGAAUUUCUUCCCAGAACAGAUGGUUACCUGGUGCCAGCAGUCAAACGGCAGUCAGACCCAGCUUUUGCAGAAUUUUUUAAACUCCAGUAGUUGUCCUGAGAUUCAAGGGUUUUUGCACGUGAAGGAGCUGGGAAGGAAGUCGUGGAAGAAGCUGUACGUGUGUUUGCGGCGAUCCGGCCUCUAUUGCUCCACAAAGGGAGCUUCAAAGGAGCCCAGACACUUGCAGCUGCUGGCCGACCUGGAGGACAGCCGCAUCUUCUCCCUGGUGGCCGGCAGGAAGCAGUACGGUGCCCCCACGGACUACGGCUUCUGCAUAAAGCCAAACAGAGUCAGGAACGAGGCCAAGGAGCUGCGGUUGCUGUGUGCCGAGGACGAGCAGAGCCGGACGUGCUGGAUGACGGCCUUCAGGCUCCUCAAGUAUGGAAUGCUCCUUUACCAGAACUACAGAAUCCCUCAGCAGAGGAAGGCCAUGCUGUCCCCCUUCUCAACUCCAGUGCGCAGUGUCUCCGAGAACUCCCUUGUGGCCAUGGAUUUUUCUGGGCAAACGGGAAGAGUGAUCGAGAACCCGGCUGAGGCUCAGAGUGCAGCCCUGGAAGAAGGCCACGCCUGGAGGAAGCGAAGCACGCGAAUGAAUAUCCUCGGGAGCCAGAGCCCCCUCCACCCUUCCACCCUAAGUACAGUGAUUCACAGGACACAGCACUGGUUUCACGGCAGGAUCUCCAGGGAGGAGUCACACCGGAUCAUUAAGCAGCAGGGGCUCGUGGAUGGGCUUUUUCUCCUCCGUGACAGCCAGAGUAACCCAAAGGCAUUUGUCCUCACGUUGUGUCAUCAUCAGAAAAUUAAAAAUUUCCAGAUCUUACCUUGCGAGGAUGACGGGCAGACCUUCUUCAGCCUUGACGACGGCAACACCAAAUUCUCUGACCUGAUCCAGCUUGUUGACUUUUACCAGCUGAACAAAGGGGUCCUGCCUUGCAGACUGAAGCACCACUGCAUCCGCGUAGCCUUAUGACCUCAGGUCUACCCUGGCUGCAGGCUGGAGGACGCUGACACUGGAGUGAAGAGGUCUGUGCAUCGUUCAGAACACACGUCUGUCUGCACCUUGGGGCUCGGAGCAAGAUGGGUGCGUUCGGCACUGACCGACCACGAUCGACUGGUUUGUUGGACUUGACGAUGAUUUGCUGCUGCAGAUCCAGCAGGGCCGCGCCCCUCUCGCUGGCCUCAACGGGGUGGUCGGAAGACAGCAGACUCGAGAAUAAACUGGAGUGAUGGUCUUGGCUGGGCCAUGGAGGAACACAAGCUGGAGAGAAGUGAUUGGAAAUGAACUCUCGCCCUGGAAUAAUCUUGACAAUUAAAACUGAUAUGUUUA